AUGGAAGAACCUCCCGAGGAAGAGCCGACAGAAGAGCCCCCAGACAGCUCCUUACCACCUGGCCAUCACGAGAGGGUCUACCAGUACGACCAAAACGGGGAGCCCGCGCCCGAAUCAGGUUGCGAUUGGCGCCAUCUCCGAGCUCCUCUUGCAGCGGAUAGAGAGAGAAGAUCUCGUUUCUGCACUGGGGAAUCCUCCAGAGCAUCGUCGACAGCAUCACCCUCAUCACUGCCGAAAAAUCUUGCCCUUGACGACGUCGACUACAUCCUCGAUGCGAUUCACAAUCUCAUCACUAAGAACAUCCUUUGCCACUUCUUUGGCGAACCCGUCAGUCUUUCCGCCUCUGUCGUCAACCUCUGCUGUGUCGUCAACCUUUUCUGUCCUGUCAACUUUAGCUGCGUUAUCAACCUUUGGAGAAUCUGGGGCAGGAUUCAGACGGCGAGAUGGGCGCUUGCGGUUGAAUCGGAUUCUCCGCCGUACACUUCGCUUUUGAGGGGCUUGCGCAGCGUUUACAGUUGGCCGGAUCUCUUGUUCAUCGCCCUGGUUGAGAAGAUGCUCGAUAACGAGGAGAAUUCCACCGCUGGCUACGCCUCCGGCUACGUUUCCAAGAGAAGCGCUGAUCUUGUUGUUCUUAUUGCUGUGUGA